AUGAACAAGUUUCUUAGAUUCUUGUUCACUUUGUUUGUACUCAUGUCCUUGGUUGCAACUCUUUCGAAGGCCAUCGACGAAAAUGAGACGACAUUGUUAUCUUUCGACGAGGAUGAUGACAUCGAAACACAAAAAAUCCAUGAUAAUUUGUUGCUUGACGGUCAAGAAACCUCUCUUAGGGGUAUUGGUCGGUUACUAACCCAAAGGCGUUAUCAUGCAACCAUGAAAUGUAAUAAGUACCCUAAGACUUGUCAUUUGAAAGGUAGCCCCGGAAAAAGUUGUUGCAAGAAGAAGUGCGUAAAUUUGUUCUCAGACCGACUCAACUGUGGCAUGUGCGGUAAGAAGUGCAAGUAUCCCGAGAUUUGUUGUAAAGGGAAGUGUGUUAACACUUUAAAUGACAAGAAAAACUGCGGUGGAUGCCACAAGAAGUGCAAGAAAGGACACAAGUGUGUUCACGGAAUGUGCAAUUACUCUUAG